UGUUGCGGUGGCUGGUCUAGAAGGAUGUCUCAAUUCCUGCUUCUCACCUGCGUCUUUCUCACCAUCACACCUGCAUCACCAAUGGCCCUAGAUCCCUGCUCUGCUUACAUCAGCUUGAAUGAGCCAUGGAGGAACACCGACCACCAGUUCGAUGAGUCUCAGGGCCCCCCUCUAUGUGACAACCAUGUGGAUGGGGAGUGGUACCGCUUCACAGGCAUGGCAGGGGAUGCCAUGCCCACCUUCUGCAUACCUGAAAACCAUUGUGGAACCCAUGCACCUGUCUGGCUCAAUGGUAGCCACCCUCUAGAAGGUGACGGCAUCGUGCAACGCCAGGCCUGUGCAAGCUUCGGUGGGAACUGCUGCCUCUGGAACACCACGGUGGAGGUCAAGGCUUGUCCGGGUGGCUACUAUGUAUAUCGUCUGACCAAGCCCAGUGUCUGCUUUCAUGCCUACUGUGGUCAUUUUUAUGACAUCUGUGAUGAGGACUGCCACGGCAGCUGCUUGGACACCAGUGAAUGCACGUGUUCUCCGGGAACUGUGCUAGGCCCUGACAGGCAGACAUGCUUCGAUGAAAAUGAAUGUGAGCAAAACAAUGGUGGCUGCAGUGAGAUCUGUGUAAAUCUGAAAAAUUCGUAUCGCUGUGACUGUGGGGUUGGCCGUGUGCUAAGAAGUGAUGGCAAGACGUGUGAAGACAUUGAAGGAUGCCACAAUAACAAUGGUGGCUGCAGCCAUCUUUGCCUUGUGUCUGAGAAGGGCUAUCAGUGUGAAUGUCCCCGGGGCUUGGUGCUGUCUGAGGAUAACCACACAUGCCAAGUCCCCGUGUUGUGCAGGUCAAAUACCAUUGAAGUGAGCAUCCCCAGGGACCUGGUUGGCGGUCUGGAGCUCUUCCUGACCAACACCUCCUGCCGAGGAGUGUCCAACGGCACCCACGUCAACAUCCUCUUCUCCCUCAAGACGUGUGGCACAGUGGUCAAUGUGGUAAAUGACAAGAUCGUGGCAAGCAACCUUGUGACAGGUCUACCCAAGCAGACCCCAGGGAGCAGCGGGGACAUCAUCAUCCGAACCAGCAAACUGCUGAUCCCAGUGACCUGCGAGUUUCCACGCCUGUACACCAUUUCGGAAGGCUACGUUCCUAACCUUCGAAAUACCCCACUGGAAAUCAUGGGCCGCAGUCAUGGAAUCUUCCCAUUCACUCUGGAGAUCUUCAAGGACAAUGAGUUUGAAGAGCCUUACCGGGAAGCUUUGCCCACCCUCAAGCUUCGAGACUCCCUCUACUUUGGCAUUGAGCCUGUCGUGCACGUGAAUGGCUUAGAAAGCCUAGUGGAGAGCUGCUUUGCCACCCCCACCUCCAAGAUCGACGAGAUCCUGAAGUACUACCUCAUCCAGGAUGGCUGUGUUUCAGAUGACUCAGUGAAGCAGUACACAUCACGAGACCACUUAGCAAAGCACUUUCAGGUUCCUGUCUUCAAGUUUGUGGGCAAAGACCACAAGGAAGUGUUUCUGCACUGCCAGGUCCUUGUCUGUGGAAGGCUGGACGAGCAUUCUCGCUGUGCUCAGGGCUGCCACCGGCGAAUGCGUCGUGAGGCAGUAGAGGGAGAGGAUACAGCUGGUCUGCAGAGCCAGAUGCUGACAGGUGGCCCGAUCAGCAUCGACUGGGAGGACUAGGACCACCCAACACCCGAGUCCUGGCUUUGGGCCACCCACCUCUUUGGAACUUCUCCCUACGCCCUCUGAGAGCACCAAUCAACACCCUAGAACAUGGCGCUUCUUUGAACCUUAUACUGUGGGUUUAGACAGACUCCCUGAACGGACUCAUUCUGACUCCGGCUGCUGGGUCAGGAAAGGUCACCUCACUGCUGACUGAUCCAACCCAUGGGCUUCAUCUUCCCAACGUCGAAAGCUAUGCUGUCCCUGCAAGAAACAGCUCACCCUGCUCCCCACAUUUCCUUCCUACAAUAAAACACCUCGUGUAGGAUGCAAUAGGACCACUAAAAUCAAAAAAAGUCGGGCAUGCUCUUCUGAAGUAUAAACUUAAAACAAAUUAAAUGGUUGCUUGAAAUUAUGACCUAAUACCCAGCAACUCCUUAAAUAUGUAAAUAAUAAUCAUUCCCUGA